UACAUUAAAAAGGCACUUUUAAGAGCCACAUUUGUCUUGUAUCUUGUUACUCUCUUUACUGUUGUAUUGUUUUCUAUCUCUUGCUGUCUUAAUGUCUCCCCCCCCCCAUUCCUCUGAGUGUGGUUUUUGUUUGUUUGUUUUGUCUUUUUUUUUGUCCGUGUGUUUAUAGUGUGUUUAUCUUUUGUGCCAUGUCUGAUCCUGAGAUGGACUGUCUCCUAAAUGAGAUGAGUGACCUUGUCGAUCAGGCUGAACAUCAAGCUCACCUCCGACAGCUCAUUAGCAUGCACCAGGAAGCAGAGCCAUCCACCAGUCAGCCUUCCACCUGUAAUCCAUCCACCAGCCAGCCAUCAAACAGCAAGCAAGAUGUUAGGUGGAUUAAGAGGGACAGUGAUGGAAACAUUAUUUACAGCAGGCCCAGAUCAUCCCGGAAACAAGCAGCAGGUCACAGCCAGAGUCGAAAGACUGGUGUCUCUCAUAUCAGGGCUCCGGAAACCAGUGCGGAAAUGACCAGUGACUUUCUUUCCAUUACUGCAGAGUCCUUCCUUCAAGAGCUUAAAAGCUCACUGUUUGAGGACAUACAUGAGGAUGAAACGGCACUUCAAGCCUCAACAGACUGGUUGACCCGAAAGAACCUCAUAUCAGGGUGGUGGGAGAAAGAGAGACCCCGACUGGUCAACACCAUGGUGGCUCGACAACAUGUGGCAACCCGGAUCUGCCAACAUUGUGGAAAUGGUCCAGCCGUUAUCCGUUGUUGUGACUGCCGACCACACCCAUUCCUCUGUGGCCAGUGUGAUGUCAGGGUCCACCGAGGUCACGUGUUCCACAACAGGGAUUCGAUGACCCAUGCAUUCUUUAAUCCAUUGCCUCCCACAACUUGUGUUGUGGAGAGGGUUCUAACCCAGUGUGAGCGUCUUGUACCUUUUGGAGAUGCCAGAGACAAUAUGCGGUUGUCUACGAGUAUCGUCCAGUGUCAUCGCAGGACAGUCCAUAGUUGUGGUUACAAUGAAUGGGCGAUAUGAUCUCCGAUUAGAUGCAAAGCAUGUGAAGCCACUUGGAGUCCUGGAGUGGAUGACCUGAUCCGUAAUGACUACUGGCCGGCCACUUCUCACUAUUCAACUGUGUAUGAAACAGAUGUCCUUUUUUCUUUUGAAGAGCUGAAGAUGGCAGCACCAGGGAUAUCUAGCCAAGCAUUUCGUAGAAUGCUGGAUCAACGCACUGUUCGCUUUGGCCGUAAUGGAAACAUCACAGCAGACAGCUUCCGGAAAAGCUUCUUGGAGUGGGAAGCUGUCCGAUUCGAAGUGGACAAAUUAUGCCAGGAGGACCACUUUAACUGCCCAGCAUGCAGCCCAGACAUGCUUGCAGUAUCCGUUGAUGGAAACCGUAAGCACUACAGAUUCAAGAGUGCAGCUAGAUCGGAGGAAAAAGCCAUCUUUGAUGGCGUGUUCAUCACGAAUGAUGAUGACGUCGCAAGAUUCGUGGACUAUGUCCAUACCUCAACCAGUCAUGUACACUUGCUCAACUUCACUAUAUUUACCCAUAAAACACCAAGUCCUACAGAGCACUUUGUUUGAACAAGUUUGGACUGUUAACAAUGUUCCAUGUUUUAGGUCUCUGGAAGAGGUGUCUGUGGAGGGCAAUGGUCAGCGGCUCAUGAAACGUCUCAGAAGUCCUCCGGAAAAACAGACGAGGAGGGCCUGGAACUUGCUGUAUGUCGUCAUGGGGUUCUCCUUCGUGCCCUCAAUAUGUUCAGGGGCGAAAUCUUUGCCUACCCCCUGUACCUCCAAAAGCAAAUGGCCUGUAAGCCAGUUACACCAAGUGUAAAGCUCAUGAUUUCAAAU